UUGGCUGUUGAUAGUGUGAUUUGCCAAAAAUAAAGCUGCAGUGCAGUGCUUGCAGACUGCGGUGAUGUUCCAUUCAUUGUUGAGGUCGAUACUCGAUACGGUCUUCAGUCUUCGCAAGUCAGUACCGGCGCGGCAGCCUUAACAGUUGGAUGUGUGUACACGUCAUCCACGAUCUCGUCUCUCGGGCGUUUGAGCUUUUAUUUAUAAACAAACCUUUUUUUUAAAUUUAAUUUCAUUAAAAUCGUUAUUUUCUUUAAUAAAAUUUUACGGAUUAGUGAAAGGCGACGUUGAUUCUGUGUAUUUUUAUGUGAUUACAACUUACAAGUGCAGUGUUUUUUUUUUUCGGGACAUCGUAAUUUAGGGGCAAAUAUUAUAAUUAUUAUGAUAAUGUAACUAAGCUCUCGACACAAUAAUAAAAAAAAUGAAAAAAAUAAGUAGAAGAAAUCUGAGUGUGAUGAGGCUUGGGAGAUGUGUGGCUUUUCUAGCCGCCGCUGCCUUUUUAUUGCCAUUCACCAUACUGCUCAUGGUGGCGGAUCAACAAUACAAUCUGAGUUACAACUACAAGAGAGUAUUUUAUCAGGAGAGCGACUUCUAUAAAAUGAACGGAUCAUAUUUUUCGCCUACAUAUUUAAGGACACAGUAUGUCUUCGAUAAUGGAAGCCAUGAUGAGGGACUGUUAACGCGGGACAAAUUUCUGGAGGUCGGCAGUCGGAUGGAUGCUAGGAGAGAGUAUCUACGUAACGAAUGUUCCAGACUCGGCCUCGACAGUUCAAGUCAUAAAGCCUACGCGUGGGAGUACUUGAUCAAUCGGCAAUAUCACGUUAUAUGGUGCAACAUUUUCAAAGCAGCAUCAACGUCGUGGAUGUACAAUUUUAAUUUAAUGGCAAAUUACACGGCGGCAUUUUUAAACAGAACUAAAGAAGUUCCGUUAGAAUUAGCCAGAAAGAAAUAUGCGAGGCCGACGGUAGAAAUGAUUAGGAAGGCGCAGGGGGAUUCUAUUACAUUCCUGAUUGUUAGACAUCCUUUGGAGAGGCUGGCUUCAGCUUACAACGAUAAAAUUGUACACGCCUGGCCUAAGUCUUUUCACGAUCAAAUGGGGAAGAGGAUCAUUAAGAAAUAUAGAAAGACGAAUCAGAAGUCGGCACCAACUGAGAGAUAUCCGGUGUUUGAAGAAUUUGUUACCUACGUUUUGGAUGAAACGAAAAUGAAACGAACACGUGACAUGCAUUGGACGCCAUACACCGACUUCUGUACGCCGUGCAAGUUUAAUUUCGAUAUCAUCCUCAAAUUUGAAACACUUGAUGAAGAUCAAAAGUUCUUGAUACAAAUGGCGCGUCUCCAAGAGAUAAUCAAACCGGAAUGGCGGAACAGCGGAAAGGGAACCAAUACAUUGCACAAUAUCAACCAUUUGUACUCGCGUCUCAACAAAUCGCAACUGGACGGCCUUUACAACCUGUACAAAUACGACUUCCUAUUAUUCAACUAUACUAUGGACAGCUAUUAUGAAAUCAUACAGAAAGACAACGACAGCAACCAUGGCUGAGAAAAAAAACAACAAAAUUACGCUAAAUUUCGCCCUGUCAGAAUACGACAAGAUGAUUGAUGAAAAAUAAAGAAAAGACUUUGUAGGGGAACACAAAAUGCCACCCCUUCGAAUGUUACUCCUAAUAACUGAUAAUGUCACCAAUGACAUGUGACAUUUAAUAUAAAUCUAAUUAUCUCUGUUUUAAUAUGCUCUAUGGUCGAUGGGCCUUGUCUAUGAUAUGAAAGUUUGAUUAUUUGAUUCAUACAAUAAAUUUUUAUUACAUAAUAAUAUAAAUAGUGAUGACGUUGAAUUUUAUCAAAUUAGAUAAUAGAAUAUAACUAAUAUAUAAUUUAUCUAAUUUGAAUUGAAUCGAUUAAAUAAAAAAUAAUAUAUUAGUUGAUAUUAUUAAAAUUCUAAGGAAAUCUUUUGUACUACAUAGCUAUAUAGUGAGUGUGGGUAAUUGAAAUAUAUUUUAUAUUAUAUUUAAAUAUAACGAAAGAUUUGUUAGUGCUUCCGUAUUGUGUAGUCAAGUAAUUUAACUCAAAUGUAAUGUCUAUAUAUUUGUGAAGAUAAACGAAACUUGCUACUCGCUUAGUUUAAGUAUUUUAAGUGGGUCACGAAAAUUCCCGACCAAAAGUAAUAAAAUGUAUUAUAUUAAUUAACUUGAUCAUGAUAUAACAAUGAUUUUCUUUACGUGAACAUGUCAAAUCUUUAUAUAUCUAUAUAAUUCAUACCGUUCCGAAAUGCCUUAAGUAGGUACAAAAGAGUUUUGUUUUGAAGUUAAUAAUGUAAUAUUUUUGGGAGAAACUGUUAUAUAGAUAUAAUAUUGUCAUUAAAAUAACGUAUAAAGAAAUAUUAAGUACAAAUGUAGUAUUUAAUUAUGAAUGUAAAUAUUUCUUAUAUUUUGUUGUAUAUGAUUAACAAAUCUCGUUACCAUCAUGCUUGUUGUUUAAAUUUUGGUUGAUAUGAAUUUGUUUACAAUAGACGAUUUAUUUUGUUGUUGACAGUUUGUAUCUCUUUAUAGGAAUUGUUGAAGUAUAGAUUAGAGAUGAAAUAUUAUUUUAAGUUGCCUAGUCCUAGAAGCAAUGUUUGAGCUUGUAGAAUAAGAUAAAAUAUUUUUUCAACCAUUCAAGAAUAAAAUUUAAAAAAUAUUACCAUUCGGUUACAUUAUAAUUAAAUAGUUACUGCUUAUUUCAAUAAAUUUCAUAUAAUAAAUUAGUUAUAAUGUAAAACAAAUGUAGUUUUUAUGAACAUUGAAGUUUUAACUAGCAAUACUAAAACAAUGCAAUAAAUCUGCUUUCAAGGUAAUUUCAAUGUUCAUUGUACAUUUUUGUCAUUCAUACAAUAACAGUUAUGUUAUUCAAGCAAAAGUGUUAUUAAAAUAUAUAAUCAUUUAUCAAAUUUUCAACAUUAAUUAUAAUUUAAAACUUAAUAAUGUAGCAUAUCUUGGUAUAACCGAUAAGUUAAAUAAAAAGUAUAUUUCCAAUAGCAGUUUAAAUAUAUUUAUUAUAAAAUAAAUAUAAUAGCAUUUAUUAAUUGUCAUUUAUGCACUUCAAAUGUUGAGCUUUGGUAUGUUAAAUGAAAGAAAUAAUGUUUUUAAUUUAGCAAGAACUAGUCAAAAAAACCCGUAUCUGUUUAGGAGUCCUUGUAGGAGUUAUAUAAAUUUUGUUGCUAGUUAUAGACCCUAGAUGUACGACGGAAUGUUAGACCAAAAGUAUGGCCUAUAGAUAGAAACUGAAGUGGUGCUAUAGUCCUUUAGAUUUUGAUCUCAUAUCAGUGUAAGUACUUGUUGCUAUUACGUUAUGACUUCACUAUCGAAUCGGUUGUGUUAAAUGAUGUUAAAGAGAAUUUUAUUCUUAGUACUUAUAGAAAAUAAAUAAACGCAACAUGA